UCUCUGCAGGUCACUCUGGACUAUGGAAGCUUUAUUUCGUCCCCAUUUUAUUUACACCACAGUCAACCACCCCUCCAGCACACUCAAGCAAUCAAUAAGCCGUUCGUCCCCAUUCACCUAACGGCAUCUACCUUGCUUUCCCCACGACCACGAACAAUCAAUCCCCCUUUCCCAUUUUAGUGAUCACAAACUACCUCUCGGUCACCUCCGGACCCCGACGACGGUUCCAAAUUAGCACUACUCGACUUUCGAAAAUAACCCGUCCGCCUCUAUACUGACUUGACGGUACGAAAUUACACCAUCGAUCGGCCUUUCUCGGUUUCGUCGGGUGGCCUGGGCUAUGACAUCUUCUUAAAACACCAUACACCCCGAUCUCCCCCCCCCCUCGGCCGCCAACGCCAACCGCAACCCUCCGCAACACAACCGCGAUGGCGCCGCAUCACGAGCCCUUCAAGGGCCUCGCGCCCGUGAAAUGGGAAUCCGUCGCCCAGGAGGACCCCAAAGAAUUCAUGACAAAAGUCUUUGCCGACGCCCAAACCAUCGUCGACUCCAUUCCCGUCCCCGCCGCCGUCAAGCAGGCCACCGCCUCCCAAGGCCGCACUCGCUCCCACACCGAUCCCCCGCUGCCCGUUGCCGACAUCAAUCGAUCCCUCUCCCAGCGUUCCACCGGCGCCGCUCUGCGCCUGUCCCAGGACCUGUCCAAAGAGUGGAAGGAGGUCAAGGUCAACGCGAGGGACAAUCCGCUCGCCAUCAACGUCUACAAGCUUGCCUCCAAGGACGGUAAGGGCAGCUGGUUCGCCCGCCGCAGCGUCCACGACGGCCUGACCUUCGAGAAGUGGAAGCUCGGUCUCGAGAGGGAGUUUGCUGAGUCCAUGAAGGCUCAGAGCGGCCCUGGCGCCGGCGCCAUCCGCGGCAUUGGUGCCGAAAAGCGUGUGGUGCACGAGGUCGUCGAAGGCUCUGGAAAGAUGGAGGUUUUCCAAUUAUCGGCGCAGUUCCCGGGCCCGACCGCUCCGAGAGACUUUGUGACCCUGCUGCUGACUUCCGACUUUUCCGGCAAUGCCCCGCUAGAGUCCGGCAAGCGUCCGCUCAGGACAUUCAUGAUUGUCUCAAAACCCUGCGUACACCCCGAGUGCGCCGAAAGGCAGGGUUACAUUCGAGGCCAAUACGAGUCGGUGGAAAUCAUCCGCGAAAUCCCGUCCGACAAGCCUGCCGCCAUCACCCGCGCGCGUUCCUCCAUUGACCUCAGCCAAGAAGGCGCAAAGGAACGGCAGGCGGUGGCCGAGUCCAUGGGCAAGGAAGCUGUUCUCCGUGCGGCGAAGAAGGCAGCAGAUGGCGACGGCCGCCACCGCGGCACAUCUGUCGACAGCGCCCCAGCCAGAAACGACGCUGCACACACUGGCGAUGGCCUCGAAGAUGAGGGAACGAGGUCGAUUGAGUGGCUCAUGGUCACCCGUAGCGACCCCGGCGGCAACGUGCCCCGCUUCCUGAUCGAUCGAGGUACGCCUGGAGGCAUCAUAGGAGACGCCGGCAAGUUCAUUAAGUGGAUGUCUGCCAAGUCUGCCGAUGACUUUGCCACCUCGGACACCGAGCAGGAGGAGGUCAAAGAAAGUGCCAAGCAAGCCGAGGACAAAAAGGAAGCCUCCCCCGUCGAGGUGGCUAAACAACCAACAUCAAAUCUAGUACCUGAACCUUCGGCACAGACACGGGACAAUUCCGUCCCCAGCAGCAAUGGACUAUACGGCAUCAUCUCCGGAGCGUUCGGUAUGGCCAGCUCCGUGGUAGCGAGCCGCAUCCCGGACGGUUACGCACUGCCAGGCAUAUUCCAGACUCCGAGCACCACCGGCUCAAUAGCCGAGGAAGAAGGGGAGGACGACGACGAUACGAACGAAAGCGACACCUCGUCGAUUCGGAGCUUCGCCUCCGCUGUUGAGAAGACAGACGAGGGCGAGGCCGUAACGCCGCCUCCCGAGAUCACUCAGCCCGACACGCUGUCGCUGCACUCGUCGGGCUCGGGUGCCGGUUCCCUCCAGGGGUCCAAGACGUCCUCGCAUCACGAGAGGGAGCUCAGGAAGCUCCAAGAGCGCCGUCAGAAGAUGCAGGACAAGAUCAACAAGAUGCAGGAGCGCAUGUCCAGCAAGCGCGACCAAGACUCGCAGAAGGAGGCGGCGAACUUGGCCAAGUUGCGCGAGAAGCACGACAGGGAGAUGACCAAACAGGAGGAGAAAUACAAGCGCGACCUGCAACGUCUCGAGCAGCGCCGCGAGCAGGAGCAGCGCAAGGCUGAGGAGAAGCGCCGGAAGCAGGCUGAGAAGGAGGAGAAGAGCAACCUCGCGCUAGAGCUUGAGCGUGUCAGGACCGAGCGGGACGUCGCGCUCAAGGAGAUUGACAUCCUCAAGGAGCAAAUCGGCCAGCUACAGAGUCAGAACACCAUGCUCGUCGUCAAGAUGGGCAAGUUGGGUGGGAUCAAAAGGCAAGACUCGUCGCUGAGCGUGCCUGGAGAGAAAGUUGCCCACACGGUGUCCAACUAAACACGCCGGUGUUUGGGAGGGGCGUGAAAGACGGGCGAUCAAGGCUAUCAACCCCGCAUGAAAGAGCAAGGCAAGUCAGAACAGGAUACCCAGCGCAUUACGCGAGAACAAGUGAGGGGUGGAGGAGGAGAAGGAGGGGGAGGAAGAGAUGAGAAUUGAGAUGACAAAAAGCAUCCAACGGCGUCGGGGCGUCAUAGCCUUUUUUUUCUUUGGUCUUUUUUUCUCCAUCUAGCCAUCGGUUUUUAAGUGUCACUUUUUCUCAAUUCUAUCUUAGAAAAGCAUUGUAUACGAAGCAUAUCUAAACCAAAACUCGAACACUCUACAACUUUUGAUCUUCCAACUGACCUGGAAAAAAAGGGACAAAUUAAUAUCGGGUGUGUCUCCAUCCCCCCCUCUCUAUCCCGUCUGCGUCACGAGUGAGACGCCGGCCCCGUUCUACCCUAGACGACCGCCUCGUCGAGCAGCAGCCCGUGAAGCCUCGCGCGCUGGCCCGCGCUCCGGAACCGCUCCAGCUUGCUCCUCAGCAGCUCCGAUCCGGCAGCACCCGCUCUGGCCAGCGCCGUCGCGCAGAGUAGAAUGCGCGCGCAGACGGCGUAGACCUCCGGGUCCGAGGUCCAGCCGAGAGGUCCGUCGUCGGCGGCGGCGGCGGCGUCUCGGUCGGCGGGGGAGGUGAUGUCCAGGAGGGAGUCGAGGCCGGCGGACGUCCAUUCCGUCAGGGCGGUGGACGAUGAAGAAGACGCGGGCGACGAGGAGAAGACGUCCUUGAGGACGGCGGCCCAGCGGUUUGACUCGCGAACCUCAUCGAUGAAGAGGUUCUGCUCCUCGAUGGCGAAGAGGGAGUCGUCGAAGCGGAGGGCCUUUGCGAGCUGCGCCCCCGCGGGCUCCCACGCGUCUGCCCCGUCCGGCGCCGCGUGGCCCGUCAGGCGGGCGGCCAGCAGGUCGUGGAACGAGGGGACGUCACG